UUGAUGAUGUUUUGAAUGUGACUCAUCCGCCGGCUCUGCUAAAUGGUUGCUUUUCACUUUUUUUGUGGCCCCGAACGGCAUUUAAGGCAUUCCGGUGUAGACAGCAGACCAGAAAACACGUACACGUAAUUCCGCAAUUACGCAUCACACCCACAAUCUCUUAGUCCGUCAAUAUGUUUGACUUCAAUUUGGAAUUUGCGCGUGGAGGCGCCCGUUUUACCACGGAACUGUUUCAGCUUUUGGCCGCUGGUGGUCUCAAGGAAAACGUAGUCUUCUCACCCUUUUCGAUUCAAACCUGCAUCGCCCUGGCUUUUGCUGGAUCACAGGGAGAAACCGCCGACGAGAUUGCAAAGACUUUGCACUUUGUGUCCAACUUUCCGCCAGAGGUGGCGCAGACUUUCCAGUUCGUCCUGGAAAAAUAUCGUAAUAGCAACCUUUUGCGGGUGGCCAACAAGCUGUACGUUCAGGAGGGCAAGCAGUUGAAACCAGAAUAUCAAGCUGCCAUUAAGGAACAGUAUCAUUCUGAGGCGGAGUCCAUUAACUUUGCUCUCAGCGAUGCCGCCGCCCAGGCCAUCAAUGCUUGGGUAAAUGCCAAGACGCAGGGUAAGAUCACAGAACUAGUCAGCUCGGAUUCUUUCUCGGACAACACCCGACUGGUCCUGCUCAAUGCCCUUCACUUUAAGGGCAGCUGGGAGCAUAAGUUCAAUGAGGAGCGUACUCUGGAAGAUGACUUUUGGGUGAGCGAUGAAGAACAGGUUAAGCUCAACUUCAUGAACCAAAAGGCCAAGUUCAACUAUGGCUACUUCGAGGACCUCGGUUGCACAGCCCUAGAAAUGCCAUACAAGGACUCGGAUCUUUCCAUGUUCGUUCUGCUGCCGCAGGAGCGUACGGGAAUUUUCGACCUGGCUGAAAAGCUCAAGACUGUUAACUUGGUGGAUCUGGCCGACAAAAUGACCGUGGAGGAGGUUAAUGUAAAGUUCCCUAAGUUCAAGGUGGAUUAUUCCCUGGAAUUGGCCGAAAAACUGAAGCAGCUGGGCAUCACAAAAAUGUUUUCGGAUGAAGCCGAAUUCAACAAUCUCUUGGAGUCCCCCGAGGGCAUCUUUGUGUCCAAGGUGCUGCACAAAGCCACCAUUGAGGUCAACGAGGAGGGAACGGAGGCAGCAGCUGCCACCGGCAUGAUCAUGAUGACGCGCAUGAUGACUUUCCCACUGCAGUUCCAAGCUGACCGUCCCUUCCUCUACGUCAUUUGGAACAAGAAGAAUAUCCUAUUCGCCGGUGCUUUUGUUAAGGGAGCCUAGAAGCUCCACUCUCACUGUCUUUUGUUAAUUGUUUGUAUUGUUUUUAUCAAAAAGUAUUUUUUCUAAAUAAAUAAGCGCUCCAUGUUAAA